GUAGCAAGUAAUCUUCGUAUAAGUCUCUCUCCCGGCCUCAGUUUCGAUAGAAGUCGUAUACUUUGUUUCUCAUUUUCCGUUCAUUUGAAGCCGAGCCUGCCUAUAAACAAUGAUUGGUCUAACUCCACCAGCUGAGGAUCGUUCAGAGAUUGCCUUCUUCGACCUCGAGACGACGAUUCCGUUCCGACCUGGUCAAAGGUACGCGAUUUUGGAGUUUGGAUCGAUCUUGGUUUGCCCCAGGAAGCUUGUUGAGCUUCGAAACUACUCUGUCCUGGUUCGACCUGCUAAUCUCGACCUCAUCACGCCUCGCUCGGUGAAGUGCAACGGCAUCAAACGUGAAGACGUCGAGUCAGCUCCUACUUUUGCAGAUAUAGCCGACACCGUCUACGAUAUUCUCCAUGGAAGGAUAUGGGCUGGUCACAACAUAUUGAAGUUCGAUUGUCCAAGGAUAAGAGAAGCAUUUGCUGAGAUUGGACGAGAUCCACCAGAGCCAAAAGGCACCAUUGACUCGUUAGCUUUGCUUAUUCAAAGGUUUGGGAGGAGAGCUGGUGAUAUGAAGAUGGCGACUUUGGCUGCAUACUUUGGACUUGGCGACCAGACACAUAGGAGUCUGGACGACGUCAGGAUGAAUUUGGAGGUUCUCAAAUAUUGUGCCACUGUUUUGUUCUUGGAAUCAAGUCUUCCAGAUGAACUUAUAGAGAACUCGGUCAAUUCUACUCCAGAAACAAGUUCAAGAAGGCGUAGGAAUAUCAAAACAUCUCCCCUGCAACCUCCCACAGAUCAGCAGACAGGAGAAAACUGUACAACUAUACCUAUUUUAUCAUUUGUUUCAUCCGCAGAAGCUCAAACAGAUCCAUUUGAUAUGAGCAAUUUGAAGAACGAAAUAGCGCAACAGGUGCUUCAGUCAGAUGUUCCCAUGAAAGAAAAAAAUCGGUUGUCUGAGACUGUUGCCUCUGAGUGUACCGGUGACCAGGAAGGAUUCUUGGAGCUUGAUAAAAUAUCAUUUUCAAGAAUCAGAGCAACUCAUGUCCCAUUAUAUGAUGGGAGCCAAGCAAUGAGGCUACAGCUCUUCCUUGGGGACAAACCCCUUUGGCUCCAUUGUCCUCGUCUGAAAGUACGGUUUGGAAUCAGUGGGAAAUUUCUGGAUAAAGUUGGGAGACGGAGGCUGAACUUUGUAGUUGAUCUGUAUCCAAGUCUCUGCAAUGUACUGCAAGAAUGCGACAGUGCUGCACAGUCAAAAUCUAUUGAUUCAGGCAGCAGUUCUGACUGGAACCCGGCAGUGAUUCCAAUGAAAGGAUUUCUAAACUGUCCUACUGCAAGGAUACAUAUUCCCGCAGAGUUAAAUGGAAAUCUAGACCAGUAUGCAGCUGAGAUACACCAGAAAGAGUUUGCUGGAGCUACUGCUACUCAGAAACACAUUUCUAGCAAACCGAAGGCUGAUGAACUUGAGUCUUUGUUGAAUCGGGGAACUGUUCUCGACGCUUUCUUGGCUCUGGAGCCAUAUGAUUAUCAGCAGAGAGCUGGAAUCCGUUUAGUUGCUAGAAAACUAGUUAUAUAUCAGUGAACAUUGCCCAAUAGCACCACAGAGAGUAAAGAAAUCAGAGUUUAGUGAGCUAACUCUGUAGGGAUUAAUUUAUGUACUCAUGAAAGACCAACAUAGAACUACUGUUCAGUAUAUUGCUAAUUAUGUUCUUAGUUUUAAAUUUACUUGCAAUCCAGAUCUAGAUUCGUCA